AUGUAUCCCCCAUUGAAUAACGUAAAAAUAUUUUUCAACUACCUCAUGAACCACCGCUUGAAGCUCUCUUUCCUCCCAUUAUCGGUUGCUAUAGCCAUGCAAACUUCUCGUCUUUCCACACAAAAUCUCCACAGCCUCUACCUCUACAUACAAAAAAACUCCACAUCCCUAACCAUAUUCUCCAUCUCCCUAAUUCUCGUGUGGACGCUUUACAUUUUGAACCGACCCAAAACCGUUUACCUUGUUGACUUCAGCUGCUACCUCCCACCGUCUCAUCUCAAAGCCAGCGUAAAGAAGAUCAUGCACCACGUAAGAGUUGUACGUGAAUCAGGCAAAUGGGGGAAGUCAGACGAGAACGACUACUUGAUGGACUUUGUGACCAAGAUUCUAGAACGUUCCGGUUUAGGCCAAGAGACCUACGUACCGGAAGGUCUUCAUUGCUUGCCGAUAGAACAAACAAUGGUCGGGUCACGUAAAGAGACUGAAGAAGUUAUAUUAGGAGCGGUCGAUAAUCUUUUUCGCAACACUGGAAUCAGCCCUAAUGAUAUAGGUAUAUUAGUAGUGAACUCUAGCACUUUCAAUCCAACUCCUUCCUUAACAACUAUCAUAGUGAACAAAUAUAAACUUAGAGAAAAUAUAAAGAGCUUGAAUCUUGGUGGGAUGGGAUGUAGUGCUGGCGUCAUCGCUAUAGAUGUCGCUAAAAGUUUGUUACAAGUUCAUAGAAACACUUAUGCUCUUGUAGUCAGCACCGAGAACAUAACUCAAAACUUGUACUUAGGUAACAACAAAUCAAUGUUGGUUACAAACUGUUUGUUCCGGGUAGGUGGGGCUGCGGUUUUGCUUUCUAACAUCUCUAAAGACCAAAAACGCGCUAAAUACAAGCUUGUGCACACGGUGAGGGUCCAUACCGGGUCCGAUGACCGAUCAUUUGGAUGCGCGACUCAAGAAGAAGAUGAAGACGGUGUAGUUGGAGUCACCUUAUCAAAAGAUCUACCUAUGGUAGCUGCAAGAACCUUAAAGAUUAAUAUCGCAACGUUAGGUCCACUGGUUCUUCCCAUAAGCGAGAAGCUUCUCUUCUUUGUAACGUUCCUUAGAAAGAAGUUUCUCAACCCCAAGAUGAAGCAUUACAUGCCAGAUUUCAAGCUUGCGUUUGAGCAUUUUUGUAUCCAUGCGGGUGGUAGAGCGCUUAUAGAUGAGUUAGAGAAGAAUCUUCAUCUCUCACCGUUACAUGUCGAAGCAUCAAGAAUGACGUUACAUAGGUUUGGUAAUACGUCAUCGAGUUCUAUUUGGUAUGAGUUGGCUUACACGGAAGCUAAAGGAAGGAUGAAGAAAGGAGAUAGGACUUGGCAGAUUGCGUUGGGGUCAGGGUUUAAAUGCAAUAGUUGUGUUUGGGUGGCUCUUCGUAACGUUAAGGCUUCUGCUAAUAAUCCUUGGGAAGAUUGUCUGAACAAAUAUCCAGUUGAGAUCGAUAUAUGA